UUAUAGGAAACAGCAGGAAAAGAUUUUGUGACGUCACUCCUGACAACACAAUAUACAAUAUGGCGGCAAUGGUGAGGCUCCAUCGCCAAACCGACCAAAUUGUCGAGGAGUCUUAUCAACGGAAAAAUGAAGCUGAAAAUCAACGUGAAAGGGAAUUCAUUGCUUCCCUGAAAAUACAGGCAUGGUUCAGAGGAUCGAGAACAAGAUCUUAUAUAACGCAUCUAAAUCAUAGUGCCAAUAUAAUUCAAAAACGAUGGCGAGGGUAUCUUGGGCGUCGUUACUUCAGAAUCCUGGUUAAGAACAGCGUACUUAUAAUGAAGCUGAAUCACUACAAUGAGAAGGCAACAAAGAUUCAGAAGAUGUGGCGAGGAUAUUAUGUGAGGAAAUAUGUGUUUAACUACUUCAGCAGAAAGAGAUAUCUGGAAGCCCUACAAAUCAAAAAUGAGAUUGUCAGGAGUGAGUUGGAGGAGUAUGCUGAACAACAGGAGCAGAUAGCACACAAGAAGAUGGAGGAAGAGGAAGUCAAGCACAGGGAACACCAGGCACGCAAGUACCACUACCUGAUCAGUACAGAGGUCAUCCCUGGCAUCUUCAACUCACCCUUCUUACCGUAUCCUUCAGAAAAAGAAUACAUCUUGAGGAGUGUUAAACCUUUAGUACACAAAAAGAAACGACCUGAUCAGGACCCGUAUGAUCCAGUGUGCCGAAGUUACGAUCUCCCGAAACCAAAGCAGUUACCUCCCCUCUCACAAAAACCACAGGGACCAUUCCGAGACCCUGUCGAUGUACAGAAGCAACGCUACAAGCCAUUCCAGCAGACGUUGCGUGUAUCAACAUCAUUUACCGCCCUGGAGGAGGCCAGACAGGCCAUGAAGGCAGAGGAGUGGGUUACCCGACUCAACGACAACAUAUUUGUGCCGUUCUCUAAAAAGGAUCAGAAAUACGAGCCAAUGCUGCACACAACAUCACAAUACGGACAUCUGCCCUUUGGCACCCAUUUCUACCGUGAGGAAUUCCUGGACAAACAUGUCGUUUCACAGCCUUUCAAGAUCCUGGUCCCACCCAUUCCCAUAUUUGACAAACUCAACGACACCUACUCGCAAGGACAGGUGUGACCACUGGAAAAUGCUCGUUUGGAUUAGGGACACCAAACUGGACAUACUAGUAUGAUGACCAUAGCCGAGAUCACUCUUUAAGCUAAACUUACAACAGUAAUUGGAAUACUUACAAAAUUUCACAAUCAGUAUUGUUCUGAGGGUCAUACUACACUGAGGAAACAUCUAGUGUUGUGAUGCGUCUUUCGACCACAUGGUGGCUUGUUAGAAUAUACAUACACUUUAAGUCUUGAAGGUUGGAAGGCAGGCUUUUCAAUUAUGACUAAGCCAUCUCAGACUGAAGGCAAACACAGGCACACAAAGUUGUAUGAAAUUAUGUUCUCUGGAAAAGGACACAUUUCAAUGUAUAUUUCUGGUAACCAUAGUUGAUUGUGUUGACUUAAGGAUUUGUAUUUUAAAUGGACACUUAGAUGAAAAAAACAUUAACAGUGAUUGAUUUAGGUAACAUUUCUUUUAACUGAAGCAUUUUCACUAGAAUAUGCUGCUUCACCUUUAACUUCUUUCAGAUCCGUCCAGAUUGUAAGGGAUAGAAUGUAACAUUGCUAAAAUGUUUAAUGUUUGUUUACUGGCUGUGAAACUUUAUUGUAAAUACAUGAUUUAUAAUGUAAUUGUACAAAAUGUCUGCCAGUAUGGUAAUUGUGUAUAACUUGUGUAAUAAAAUAAUGAAAAACCUU